AUGGUGUCAAACGAGUAUCUCACCCAUGGGGACAAGGAUGAGUUCGACCCCGCAAAGUGGUCGUCUACCCCAGGCGAGCUGCCUCCACGAUCCCCCGCCACGAACCUCAACGUGCUGAUCGUCGGGGCCGGGCCCGCGGGACUAAUCACGGCGCUUGAAUGCUGGAGGAAGGGACACAAUGUGGUCCGAAUUUUGGAGCGAAGCCAAGGGCCUGUCUAUACUGGAGACAUCAUCGUCAUCGGUCCCUCCGCCAUCUGCACGCUGCGCCACUGGCCCGAAAUCUGCCGCGAGCUCGACCAAGAUCGAUCAGACAGCGUGAUGUAUUACCGCCGGCACAACGGCGAGCUAAUCCUGGGCCCAACGACGCUGGGCUACAACAGCCCGGAGCACCUCGCCCAGCGCCAUGGCCUCCCCUACGUGGCCCCGCACCAAGUCCGCCGUCAGUUCUACCGCAUGCUGCUCCGCCAGGUCGCGCGCAUCGGCCUGCAAGUCGAGUACGGCCAGCGGGUGGAACGGUACUUCGAAGACGAGGCUGCCGGGGUCGGAGGCGUGGUGACGGCCGACGGCAGCGUGCGGGCAGCGCACCUGGUCGUCGCCGCGGAUGCCUUCAAGACGCGCUCCGACCUGCUAAUAGCGGGCAGGCACGCGCCCACGCGCUCCAGUGGCAUGUCGGUGUAUCGCGCGGCGCUGCCAACGGAGCUGGCCCUGCGGGAUCCCGCCUUCCAGGCCCGCUGGGGCGAGGUGGUGGCGCGCGGGGAAUCCCACCACGAGUUCUGGAUCGGGCCCGGCAUGCACCUGGGGCUGUUUAUCUCACCAAACUUUGUGGCCUACGGGCUGAGCCCGCGUGAUAAGUUCCUCCAGCCCGGCGGAAUCGAGCCCAUCGAGUCCUGGGAUCCCGAUGUCAACCCGCAGGAGGUGCUGGACGUCCUGCACCGCAUCCCGGAUUGGGAUCCUGCCAUCGAGGGCCUGAUCCGCCACACCCCCCCGCGGGCCACGGUGCACUGGCCGCUCCUGUGGCGGAAUCUCCGGCGCGAGUGGACGUCCAAGGCCGGUCGCGUGGUGCAGGUCGGCGACGCCGCGCAUACCACCGUGCCCGCGUCGAUCAGCGGGGGCACCCUGGCCAUCGAAGACGCCGUCACGCUGGCGGCGUGCUUGCAGCUCGCGUGCGCCGGGGGUGCGCCGGGUGGUGCGCCGCUAGGGGCGCGCAUCUACAACCUCCUGCGCUACCAGCGGGUCAGCUGCGUGCAAAAGAUGUCGUUUGUCAAUUCCGAGAACCUGGGGGCCGCCGAUAUGAAUGAGGUUCUCAAGAAAGACCCCGAGAAAGUCAAGGUCCGGUUCCCCAAGUGGCUGUUCCAGCAUGAUCCCGAGGCGUAUGUUUACGAGAAGUACGGCCAGGCGUACGCGCAUCUGGUGCUCGGUACGGACUUUCAGAACACGAACUUCCCUCCCGGCCAUGAUUUCAAGAUGUGGACGAUUGAAGAGAUCCAUGCGGAUAUUCUGGCGGGGAAGAAGGUGGCGGACCUUUUGGAUGGUGAUUGGGAUUAG